AUGGCACCUCCAACAAUUUUAACUCACAAAUCCGCCUUCCUGACCGCGCAAACGCUACACCUCUCGCAGACCCUGAACCCCUCCCCCGCCUGGCGCGCCUCCAACGAUGGAUCAGAGCAUAUGCUUUCCGAUAAAGCCGUCGACGAGGCGUUGUACCGCCUGAACCAUGCACUUCGCCAGCAUGCGCAACGUGUCUAUGCUCUGCAGGCAACUCGCAAUGUCGCUGAGCAGAUCGAGGGGCUGUUUUUGAAUACCGAAGACCCGAUACCGCGGGACUCCGACGCCGAAGAUGAUGACGUCAGUGGAUAUAGACUUGAUGGUGGAGACGUGGGAGAAAAGGGUUUGCGCGAGGGCAUCGAUCUGACCACCGACCCCUCCAUCGCCGGGCUCCCCCCAACAUGGGCAACCCACCGCCCGUCGGAAGCCGAAGCACAUCCUGUCGAAGCGAGACGGUACACCGAUCUACAAGCCCAAUUAAUCUCUCUCUCCGGUCGGCGGGCUGCGACAAAAGCUCGUGUUGAGCGCCUGCGCCACAUGGACGGGCUCCUCGCGCCGUUCCAGGCGGGUGUGCAGGAGAAUCUAGUGACGCGGAAUGGCGAGGUGGAGCAGGAACUGGAGCGCAUGCGCGUCCUGCUUAUAAGGGUUGCCGGACGGGUUGAACAGUUGCCUGGGACUGAGAUGAUGGAAGGGGAGCCUACAGAGAUUGAUGACUUGGAGGAAAUGGAGAGAACGAAAGUUGCUAGUUUGCUGCACAGGUUUUAA